AUGGAGUCGCAAGAGGCCGCAGCGCAAUCCAUCAGCGCAGAUGAAAUUGCUCUCUACGACCGCCAAAUCCGGCUUUGGGGUGUUAAAGCCCAGGAGAAAAUUCGAUCUGCGAAUAUCCUCUUAAUCUCGAUGAAAGCACUCGCAAACGAGGUAGCGAAGAACCUUGUUUUGGCGGGAAUUGGUACGCUCACCAUCAUCGAUCACCAAGCCGUCACGGAAGAAGAUCUCGGUGCGCAAUUCUUUGUAUCGGAGGAACAUGUGGGCCAGAACCGCGCGCAAGCGGUGGCGCCUCAAAUCCGUGCCAUGAACCCCAGGGUGCAGCUGCGAAUUGAUACCGACGACGUUCGCGCAAAACAGCCAGAUUUCUUCUCAGCAUUUGAUAUCACAAUUGCCACAGAGCUCGAUUUUGCGACGUAUACGACCAUCAAUGCCGCGUGUCGAAUCGCAAACCGUCCGUUCUAUGCCGCGGGGCUCCAUGGUUUCUACGGAUACGUCUUUGCAGACCUGAUCUCACAUGACUUUGUGAUUGAGCGUUCGAAGUCAAAUGUCUCCUCUGUCAAGCAAGAAACACAAACGCGCAGCAUUGUUGAUAUCACGACCAAGAAGGAGAACGACAAGAUGAUUGAGAUGGUCACCAAGCGCGAGGUGUACUCUCCUCUCAUCCUCGCCAAUACCUCCCCUCUCCCCGAGGACUUCACCCGUCUGCCUCGACGACGAAGGCAGGUCACGCCACUUCUGACUUGUCUGCGCGCGCUCUGGGAAUUUCAGAAAAUAUCCGCCGGCGCUUUGCCAACUUUCUCUCACCAAAACUUGGAAGUUUUCACAAAGCUCGCCCACGACCGCCACCAAGAGCUGAAACUCGACAUCAGCACGCUCACCUCGGAGUUCUUGCGCACCUUCCUCCAGAACCUUGGUUGUGAACUAAGCCCGGUGGCCGCUUUUGUCGGUGGUAGUCUUGCGCAGGAUGUUAUCAAUGUCUUGAGCUCCAGAGAGCAGCCGUUGCAGAACAUGCUUUUGUUCGAUGGCGAAAAAUCCGCGGCUCCCAUCUACCCAUUGCAUCCCUUCUUCCCACCGGAGACGGCCGCUCCCUCUGCCACCGCUCCUGUGGCCAAUGCAAUUGAUCUUGAUGUGGACGAGCCGGUGCAAGUCCCUCACAGGUAA